AUGAUGAUUAAGGUGGCAUUAGCAAUUUUCUUAUCCCUUAUCCCUGCAUAUGCUAUUAAAGCUAAGGCGGGAAAUGAAUUAAUUGACAUUCCAGAUGAAAUCAGUCAUAUGACUGCUAUGUAUUCUUCAGGAGCAAGCAAUGAUAGCUAUAUAGAUGCAGUUAAUGCAGUUUUAGAAAAACCAGAAGAUAAUUAUAAAUUUUCGAUUACAAAUGAUGUACACAAAUGCUAUUUUAGUAAAAUGGAUAUUGAAAUUAAUGAUGAACAUAAAGAAAUUCACAAAUUAUUUCGUGAAGAAAAUAAAUCAAUAAUAGAAGAUGCUAUAAGGGAUUACAAAUUAUUUUUAAUGCUAGAUUUAGAAAAAAAUGCUAAAAAAAAAAUCGAUUUAACAAAAUUACCAGAACAUUUUCAAGAUUUAGGAAUAGACUAUUUGACUACAAUAAGGCCUGCAUUUUUCCAUAAAUAUAUUAAUGAUGGAAAUGAAAAUCCAAUGAAUGAAGGAUUAGAAAUAAGUUAUGAUAAAAAUGAACUUGAUUCAAUAAAUGAAAAUAAUGAAAAUUCAGAUUUAUCAAAAUCGAAUAAUAAUAAUGAUAAUAAUAAUGAUAAUAAUGAUAAUGAUGAAUCUACUGAUGAUAAACAAAAAAGAAACAUUGUUAUAUCAUCACAACAAAUUGUAAUGCAUAAUAGAAAUACAAAUGAUGAAGUUGAUGAAUUACAAAAUGAAGAAUAUUAUAAUAAUAUGAAUAAAGAAAAAGCUUUAGAUAUAUUAAUGAAAAAUACAAGUUUACACAUGGAAGGAAUAUGUAUUACAUUAAAAAAUAAUGAAAAUAAAUAUGUUGGUCAAUGUAAAGCUAAAAUGAAUAAACAUUUUAGUUCAAUUGCUUGUGAAUCUUAUGAAAAUAGUUAUUUAAGAAGAAAUCACCAAAAAAAAGAAUUAUCUUCAGGCAUGAUGAAUGAAGAAUUAAAUAAUAGAAUGUCAGAAAUGAUGAAAUUUUUUGAAAACCCAGAGGAAGCUGCUGGUAUGUUAUUAUCUGCUUUAAGUAAACCCGGAUUUAUGGAAUCAAUAAAUGCUUUAGAUAUAGCAUCUCAUUUUAAUUUUGACCAACCACAUGAAGAUAUGAAUCCAGAAGAUUUAUUCAAUUUAGAUAAUAACCCAAGUGAUGACACUGAUAAAGAUCAAACAAAUUUAGAUAAUUAA